AUGGCUCACCCAACUGAGUCUUACCAACAGGGGAACAUGAGGAUGAAACUGGAAUAUUCAGAGCUCUGGAAAUCCUUUCAUGAUAUUGGGACUGAAAUGGUCAUCACUAAAUCUGGCAGGAGGAUGUUUCCAUAUUGUAACGUAAGUGUGUCUGGUCUUGUGCCCUACGCCAAGUACGUCAUCAUGGUGGACAUGAUCCCGGUGGACAAUUCCAGGUACAAGUGGAAUAAUGAGCGGUGGGAGGUGGCGGGAAAAGCAGAGCCACAGCCUCCGUGUAGAACAUACGUCCAUCCAGAUUCUCCUGCUUUGGGUAGUCAUUGGGUGAAGCAGCCCAUUUCUUUUCUCAAGCUGAAGCUCACCAACCACCCACUGGACCAGAGAGGCCAUAUCAUUCUGCAUUCAAUGCACCGCUACCAGCCUCGCUUCCAUGUGGUGCAGGCUGACGACCUUUAUAGCGUGCGAUGGAGCGUCUUCCAAACCUUCACAUUCCCUGAAACCACUUUCACAGCAGUCACGGUCUACCAGAACACCAAGGUCAGUUCUAUCAAUGAUACACGGAACCCUGAACACAUUACUUGUUCUUACCAUAACCCAUUUGCAAAGGGCUUCCGAGAAGAAGGAACCCAUGGCAAAAGACACAGAGCUCAGAAAAGUCAACUGUGUUUAGAGAGUUCAGUGAAGAAAACAAAGUCUUCAGACAAGGAGCCAGAGCUCAGAUGUUUCCAAGAUGUGCCAAGGCUUCCAUAUGACCCUCACAGAGAGGAUUCAGAAAGCCUGAUGCUUUCCAAAGAAGUGCCGAUGACCCAGGAUGAGCACAUAUCCCCAUGGGGAGGAGAGCAGGACCCUGGCCAAAGUCUGCAAACUGAGGGGGGGGCCAUGGACUACACAAACUCAGAGCAGCUUGUUCCAGGACAGGCCAACUACCAACCGCACAGAACUCAGGAGUUUGGGAGGAUGUCCUCACCGACCUGCACAGAUGCCCAAACUGAUUGCCACGGUUUUGAGUCCCGAUCUACCGACAUGGCAACUGUUCCUGAGCAGGAGCUCUCCAGAUGUCUUCCAUCCAUGAGUCUAGGUUCUCAGAGUAAAGCGCUGGACUUCUCCAUGACCAGCAACAUUGGAGGGUGUGCCAAAGCCAGCCCAGGAAUGCCUCUGUACGGUCAUUAUAACAUGGAGCAGCCUUUAGGCCACUGGAGUGGAGCUUUAGCAGGGCAGUAUUCAAGCUCCACCUACCCUCAGCCACACCCACAUCACCUGAUGUCAGAGCACAGCAUCCAUCCCUCCGGAUAUCACCAGAGCAAUAUGACAGAGUGGAGUCAGUACUCUCUGUUCGCCUACUCUUGCUAAGGAAUGGGCCAGAAAAUGAAAAGACUACCCCUUCAGAAAAAUUUUAGCAUGGCAAAGGAAUAGGUGGAGAAGAACUUUUUAUUUUCGUGCUUGAUUCAGACACCGAAAACUAACAAAUACAGCCUAAUACAUCACAGAAUAAAUGACUGGUUUAAACGGGCUGAAGCAAACCACAUUGUGUGGUUGUGUGUGAUUUAAAAUGAGCCUACACUUGCUUAUGACUUAAUUAAGAUAGACUUCUAGAAUUAUUUGCCCCAUGUAUCUGAAUGGAAAUAUUAUACAUUGGACAAGGUGCAGUAGACAAAUUAUUAAUGUUAAUACUGUAAAUUGAUGUUACUACGUUUUAUAGGAUGCGUAAUUAAAUUACUCUAUCAGCUUUUUUUUUUUUUUUAAGUUUUUAUUGACCCUGAGAGAAGUCAUGUCAGUGCCAUCAUGUUAUUUCUUCCUAUUAAAUCCAAUGUAAAGUUUUAUCAAUUAUAGAAAUAAAUUUUGUGAAUUUUUUUUUAACAACAAUGAAGUAAACAAUUUUCUGUGUUCCAUAUUAUCUGGUUUCAUCCUAUAUAUCUAUUUUUUUAUUAUCAUGUUAUGACAUUACAUAACCAUAUGCUACAGAUUAGUUCAGUUUUUCAGAAUUUUAUGUGAUUUUAUAUCGCUCCUUAUACAGUACAGUGCUUGAUUAAGAUAUUUACUUGGAUAUGCCAUGGUUGUUGUUUUUUUUUUUUAAAUCAGCAGUAAAGUGGAAUGACAAUAUUUAUGCAUAUUAACAAUUUUCAGACUUUGGGUGUAAUUUUCCUUACUUUACUUAUUUAUCUUUACAACCGUCUAUCAAAACCAUCCUCAGUUUGAGUAGAAACCGCUCACUGCUUACAAUAUGAACGAGGAAGCGCAUUACAUAAGUCCCGCCCCUCCAAUAAAAAUAGCCAAUCGUCUUUUAGGGUAAGACACUAGUGCUAAGACACACUAAAACGCUUGGCCUAUUAGAUUCUUACACUGACGCAUGCGCUGAAAUAGGGUGCUUUGCUACUUUAGCAACUUGAAACAAGUGCGUUUUUUUUCGUGUUAUUUUCAGCCCAGCUCAGUUAGUAUUUACAUUAACAUUUUAUUCAAGUAGAUAGAAUCCUGGUCUUGGCAAAAUGGCCGACAAUUGGACACAAUUUACUAGAAGAAUUUUGGUGGCAUCAGCUGUUAUAAAUAUUAAUAUUAGUGGCACAAAUUUUUGUGUAUAUCAGUAUUUCAGGAAGAUUUUGACCUGGAAGAUGAACAUAAAUA